AUGAAGUUUACCGCCAUCCCUCUCCUGUUCGCAACCGCUGCCAGCGCCACCGUCCAGGGCUUCGACAUCUCCAGCUACCAACCCAGCGUGGACUUCGCUGGUGCUUACAAGUCUGGCGCUCGCUUUGUCAUGAUCAAGGCAACUGAGGGUACCAGCUAUACCUCCAGCACUUUCUCCAGCCAAUAUACUGGUGCCACUAACGCCGGUCUGAUCCGUGGUGGUUAUCACUUUGCCCAGCCCGCCAGUAGCACCGGUGCCACUCAAGCCAAGUACUUCAUCGCCCACGGUGGAGGUUGGUCCAAUGACGGCCUGACCCUGCCCGGUAUGCUAGACAUUGAAUACAACCCAUCCGGCGCAACCUGCUAUGGGCUCAGCCAAUCUGCCAUGGUUGCUUGGGUCAAGGACUUUGGCGAGACCUACAAGGCUGCCGAGGGCCGGUACCCUAUGAUCUACUCCACCGCCGACUGGUGGAACACUUGCACUGGUGGCAGCACGGCAUUCAGCGCGGACUACCCGUUGGUUCUGGCUUCAUACAGCACCUCGGUCGGCACUAUCCCCGGUGGCUGGCCUUACCAGAGCUUCUGGCAGAACACCGAUUCGUAUAGCUAUGGAGGUGAUUCCGAGGUUUGGAAUGGCAGCGAAGCCGCUCUGCAGACCUUUGCCAAGAACGCUUCUUAA